GGCAAUGAGAAUAUUAUGAAUUUGGUACCUGCUUUGGCCAUAUUUCUUCAGGCAACUUCGUUCAAUUGGAAUUUUCCCUCGGUCCCCCAAAAGAAUGCCUGCAAGGGCAUGUAUAACAAUGUGUGCUUUCAGCCUCGCGGCAAAUUGCUGGGAGGCUCUAGUGGCAUUAACUUCAUGAUUUUCAUACGAGGAAAUCGCAGAGAUUAUGAUCUCUGGGCUGAAUCUGGUAACCGUGGUUGGUCUUACGAUGAGGUCUUGCCUUACUUUUUGAAAAUGGAAAAUGCUAUGCUCAAAGGUUUGGAAGACUCGCCCUAUCACAAUCGCUCAGGGCCCUUGAAUGUGGAAUAUGUGAGAUAUCGUACACAAAUGGCCCAUGCCUUUGUUAAGGGGGCCCAAGAGGCUGGACAUCCUGAAACCGAUUACAAUGGUGCUUCACAGCUGGGUGUCUCCUAUGUGCAGGCAUCCACCCAAAGAGGUUUGCGUCAUAGUUCAUAUCGUGCCUAUGUACAACCCAUAUUGAAUAGAAGAAAAAAUCUGCAUGUCUUUACCUUUAGCCGGGUCACCAAGCUCUUGAUGGAUCCUGCAACGAAAACGGCCUAUGGAGUGGAGUUCCUGCAUCGCAAAAAACUGUAUCAAUUCAAGGCUCGCAAGGAGGUCAUUUUGUCGGCAGGCUCCUUUAUGUCACCCCAGCUGUUAAUGCUCUCGGGCAUAGGUCCCAAAGAUAAUCUUCAGAAACUGGGCAUACAGGUCAUACAGGAGUUGCCGGUGGGCAUGCGUAUGUACGAACAUGUCUCCCAUUUUGGUCCCACAUUUUUAACCAAUACCACCGGGCAAACCUUAACACCUGCCCUGGGCACAAUACAAAAUGUCUUGGAGUUUAAUUUGGGCAGUCCAAAUACCGUGUAUUCAACCAUAGGAGGAGUGGAAGCCUUGACCUUUUUGAAAACCCCUUUCUCCAAAUUACCCGCCGAUUGGCCAGAUGUGGAAAUCGUGUUUGGCAGUGCCACUUUGGCUUCGGAUGAUGGAACCGCCCUUAAGCAGGGAGCCAAUUUUAAAGAUGAAAUCUACAAUCGUUUAUAUCGCUCACUGUCAGAAUCGCGCCAAGAUCAUUACACCGUCAUCAUAAUGCCCUUUCAUCCCAAAUCCAUAGGACGGGUAUGGUUGGAGAGCAAAAAUCCUUUCGUACGUCCCAAGAUAGAUCCGAAUUAUUUCGAUGAGGAGGAAGAUGUGGAGGUAAUGUUGCAUGGCAUUAAAGAGAGUAUACGCAUUUCCCAGACACCAGCCAUGCAGAGAAUAGGCACCAAAUUGGAUACCACCCCAGUGCCGGGUUGUGAAUCUCAUGAAUUUGGUUCCGAUGACUAUUGGCGUUGUUCAAUACGCACCAUGACCUAUACGUUACACCAUCAAGUGGCCACAUGUCGCAUGGGUCCAGCCUCAGAUGCUACAGCGGUGGUGGAUCCUGAACUAAAAGUACAUGGAGUGCGUAAACUGAGGGUAGUGGAUGGUGGUGUUAUACCCCACCCUCCUACGGCGCAUACAAAUGCUGUGAUAUUUAUGAUAGCCGAAAAGGCAGCGAAUAUGAUAAAGGCAGCGUGGGAGACGUGA